UUAAAAAUGAAUAAUUCAAGCUAUUUUGGUAAAUAUUCCCUUUCUGAAGCGACUAUAAAUAAAUUAACAAAUCAUGAAGAGUUAUUAAAGCCAACUUAUCAAUCUAGUGACUCUGCUUGGCAUAGGUUAUUUAAUUCAGAGGAAACCGAAGAAGAAAUAGAAAAAAAAGAUGAAUCUAUGGAAAUUGAUGAAGUCGACGAAGACGAGUCAGGUGAUGAGUCCAUGCUUCCGUCAUCGCAAUUUUUCUUUACACAAGUCCAGCGUAAGAAACCCGCGACACCUGUUGCUCUUCAAGAGAUCAAGGGAGCUGAUCUGAAUAAUGUCGUGGAAAUUUUAUUUGAAGCCCUAGAGCAAAGCAAGAAAUUAAAUACCGAGUUCUUGAAAGAUUUGACGGACUCUGAAGUUUUGACAGUGAUUGAAAAAUUAGCUGAAAGGUUGAACUUGAAUCAUACUCAUGACCUGUGUAAUUCUUUGUGUGACAUGCAAGGAGAUUGUGCUGUGCAAUAUAUUAAACCUAUUUGUUCUAAAUUAUUACUCCAAAAGAUUGUUGAUUUAGAAGAACCGGCAAGAAUUAUCACCCUUGCAGUGAAUAAAUUAAUGAAUAAGUUCCUUCAAGAUGUUCAGAAGUUGAUAUUCAUUCCUUUGGUAAAUGCUGAUUUGAAAGACACUUCAGUAAUAAAAGUCUGGCAUAUGUCAGUGAUUCCCGCGCUGAUAAACAUUAAAAUAGACAAUAAUUUAAAAGACCGAUUGAUCCAGCUGCUACUAGACAAGUCGACGACUUUCUCAAAGGACAAAAAUUACAGUAAAUUUAUUUUGUCGUUCAUUAAACUAAAUCCACCGUUUAGCGGAGAACAAAAGAGUUCCCUGGACGAGAUAGUAGCUAUCAACGAAACUAUUUUUAAAAAAGCGAUGGAGAGCCUUUUGAAUAAAAUGAACUUUCACCCUGAUAGUUGUAGUCACGCUUUCAACAUGACAGAAGAACUGUCAGGAGUGACAAUUGUUGUGUUUAUAGCUGCUGGUGUUUUAACUUUUUUACUCCUGUUUAUAUUUGCUAAACGUCAAAUUAUGAGAUUCGCGUUGAGAUCUCGUCGAGGUCCUCACAUUUCUAUAGGACAGGAUGCUAAAAAAUCUUUGAAGAGGGAACUAGAGAGGAGAAUCCAAGUAAUUCCUAGGAUACAACACGAACCACAGUUAAUUAGUGAUCCUAGAUAUAUUAUGGAGCCAGGAAGCCAAGUACCACCUCAUUAUUAUCCGGCUUUAAAUGGCAGCGGACAGCGUAUGAUCCAUCAGUUUUGUGAUUUAUAUGAACAUGCUAGACAUGAUCCGACUGAGUUUACUGAUGAGGAGUACCAAGUGUACUCUAGACUACACCUAAAACUUAUUGAUGCAGCUCGUCUGUUAAAAUCAUAUCCAAGCAGUAGAAAAUCAAGCCCAAGUCGUACGCCGAUCAAGAAAAACGUUGAGACGAAAAGAAACAUCCUGGAACCACGAAUGAGGCCUCCAGAGGAACAAGUGCUCAGCGGGUCGCGGCCAAAUACCUUGACAGUGAUGGCGUUAGACAAUACCGAGACGUCUGUCUAG